AUAUACAUACUAGGGUUACGUUGGCAAUCCUUGCGUUGUAUGUUCAACCAAACAAAAGUAAACAUAGGAUAUGAAACAAAUUUCCCCAAGUCUAGGCGCACAGCAAAAUUUUUUGUGCAGUUUUCAUACGUCAAGAAAGAAAACCAAUUAUUUCUUCUGCUAUUAGUCAUCAAAAGAACACGGAAGUUUGUGGCGUUAUUUGUAUCAUGUUUUUGCCACAAUAUCGCGCUCAGAGAUAAUUACAGUUAUGCGUUUUUAACUGGAACAUCCGACGUCGUAAUUCAGAGUCAAAGUUAAUGGAGCAACAGAAAUUAACAGUUCCUGAGUGGGAUUGUGACAAUUUGAUUGCGAGUUGAAGAAGCUCCAGAAUCAGCUGAACACCAGUAACUGAAUCAUCAAGACUUAGUACCCAUUUGUAUAGCCAUCAUGGCUAGUGGUGGUGCUCCAGGUAACGAAAAUGAUGAAAAUUCACCCCUGGAAAACAGUACGACAUUGGAGGAUGAUGAUGGUGCUGCAGCAAGUAGCAGCACAAGACAGCGGUAUGAUAGUGAAGGCAAUGCAAGUGACAGUUCAAGCAGCAGCAGCAAGAGAUUGAGGAUUACACCAGGAUAUGCUUUACCGGUACCAGGUAUCGCAGCAUCACCACCGAAGUUUGUCUCACUGGAAGAGAUUAUGCAAGCUGCAAAAGGAUUGAAUAACAUGGCGCUUGCUCAUGAAAUUGCAGUUGAUAAAAAUUUUGAGUUGCAAAGACUAGAUCCACCAGAAGACAGCUUACAUAAAAGAGUGAAAGAAACAAUGAAGAAAGCAUUUUGGGAUCUGCUGUCUCUUAAGCUUUCUGAAGAUCCACCAGAUUACAGUCAAGCAAUGAAUUUGCUUAGGGAUAUAAAAGAGUAUUUGUUCAGUCUGCUCUUACCACAGCAUGUGAAACUGAAAGAGGAAAUAUCAGACCUACUGGAUGAAGAUAUAAUCCAGCAACAGGUUGAUGCUGGCACAUUAAACUUCCAGGACUAUGCCCAAUGUGUUAUUGCAAUCAUGGGGAAACUGUGUGCCCCUAUAAGAGAUGAAAAAAUAAAAGAACUUUCUGAGACAAAAGAUGUAGUUGCUGUCUUUAAAGGGAUACUGGAGACCUUGGAACUGAUGAGAUUAGACAUGGCCAACUUCACAAUUAAAAUGUUUCGCCCAGACAUCAUAGCCAGUAGUGUGGAGUAUGAAAAGACAAAAUUUGCAGAAUUCCUUAAAAUACAACCAGAUGGUCUUGCACAUACUAGGGCGUGGCUCAAGAGGCACUUGAGACCAGGUGAGGGUCCAGACCCUGCUGCACCUGCCCCUGAAGUCGAGAUUGCUCUGCGCUCUCUCACACAGCUUGUCUUGGGCAGAGCUUAUCUAGAGCUGCUUGAGUGGGACCGCUCCGUUACCUUCCCAGAGACUCUGAUAAUGGAUGAAGUUCGUUAUUUGGACCUUGGGGAUCAGACACUUCGCCUUUCGGUAAUGGGCAGUAUUCUACUUGUGGUUACAAGUGUAGUCAGUGCACUUGUAGGGAACACGAGCUUCAAGACCAUGUUGAAGGACCAUCUCACUGUACUUUUGGCAGAAGUACACAGCAAUCAGGAUCUGACAGACGUGAUGCCAAAUGUAUCAUUGCAAAUAAUCAAGGAUGUAAAUGAUUCUUUAGUGGAAUGUGGAUUUUCUCAGCUGGACGAAACUGCAACUGCAUCCCUCACUUCUCAGAUUUCCAGUGUUGCAUUGCCAGAACAUAAAGUGAAACAACUAGUUCGUUUGCGAAUAAUGGAGUUCUUAGAACUUACAAUAACAUCUCCCACAGCAGCACCUGUGCAAGUUCCUCCUGGACUGUCUUUUCUGAAAGCAGAACUCACAACACUAACUGGCCAGUUUCUUCGCCUGGUAUCACAUAAUCGUGCAGUUUAUGGUGAAUACUAUAGUGAAAUUAUAGCAGAUGCUGUGAAAUCUGCAAAAGCAUCACCUUAGCUACUUACACUUUCAUUUUGAGAAACAUUGUUAACUCUCAUUGAAACUCUUUUUAAUUGUAACUGGAAUCCAACUGAGUAUUCCAUGACAGAUUCCUCCAUUUAUUUAAACAAUGGUGUAUGAUCAGGUUUCAUACAGACCAUUUUUCACAAUAUGAAAAGGGAAUACAGAUGUUAAUUUCUUUCUUAAAAA